CUACCGAGUACAUAUUACGGACUACCGACUCCCGCUUGAGGAUCGCGCACCGCGGUGCAUGGUCGCGAAAGUGCGCACUUGUAUCUUUGUAUCGAUAAUACUAUAAUGGCCGACGAAGAUGUGCAGGUAACAACAGCGACGGCGUCAGCAGCGCCGGCCACUGGGACGCGGACUCCGUCCCGCCGCAACGCUGACCGUCGCACACCGCGUUUUAGCUGGAACCUUGCAUACGAAGACACUUUCUUCCGAUCCCUCUGCGAGUCAAUGCAGCUUGGCUACAAGGACAGCCAUAAUUUCAAGGCCGGUGCCUGGGAGCGAGCCGCUGUAGCACUGCGCGACAGACACGGCGCGUAUCCCGAGAAGAGUCACCUCAUCAACAAGGCCGACAAUGCGCGCAAGAAGUUCCGCAUGUGGAGGGGCCUAAGAGAAGAUCCCGACUUUCUGUACAACCCAAACACGCGCAUGGUCACAGCGAGCGAGGAGGCCUGGGCUCGACACUUCGAGAAAGAGCCAUUAUCGAAGGCGCUGCGGGGCCGGCCCUUUGACCACGAAGAAUACAUGGAGAUUCUAUUCCCAGACGUUGUUGGAUCUGGCGGCGCGCCUAAACGCAUAAUGAAACCGAGGCGCAGGAAUCCUGAUGGGUCGAUGCCACCACGCCCGACCGAUGUCGACACUGCCACCGUGGAUCCGAACCUAGACUCGCCCACGUCCUCCACCGCAUAUAAUCAAGCCUCCUCCCAAAAUCAGAUGCAACCAUCACCACAGCAACCACCCACUGCACCCUCCGCUCAGCCAGUUCAACGCCCGACAACCACUACCAUUCCCCCACGCACAUCCACGGCUGCCAGCUUAACUGCUCUCACGCCACCCGAAGAGACGGCACCAAAUACACAGUCGCGCAAGCGAACCCAAUCUGACUCUACUCCUGCUAAUCCUGAGAAGCGCAGAGGUCGGCCUUCCCGCUUUGCUCCCAGCUUCUACAACCAGCAUUCUGCACCCGCCAUUUCCAACUCGUCCACUGGCGCUCCAUCCUCUUCCACCGCCAAUGCCACUCAGUCCACACCUCCUCCCUCCAUCCCAGCUGGGCUAGUGGAAAACGGCAUUUUGUCACUGGCAGAGGCACUCAAGGCUCGCGUUGCACCUCGAUGGCCUGAACAGGCGCUUGAGAUAUUCUUUCGCGAGUUUGCUGACGAAGACUUGGAUCUGCAGCUCAAGAUUGCUGAAAAGGCGCUCUGCGACGAGAACAAGGCCAUGAUCUUUGUGAAAAUGUCACCCGUUCUGCGGCGCCACUGGAUGACUAGGCUCAGAGAGGUGCACAUAAGGAAUCUGGGUGGUGGUGGGAUUGGUUUAGGAAGGGUUGGCGACGAGGCUUCUUGAGCUGUGGCAGACAAAACGGUAUAGUUCAAGCCUAAAGAGACUUGCGCACCGCGAUGGCAUUGGUUUAAUGCUUACACAUGCCCUCGGAUCUGGCAGCGGAGUCAUAGUGCUGCUACAGUAGUAUU